GUUUCAACGCUUGAGACUUUGAGUCAAGGAGAAAAAGAAAAAGAAAAAUGGCAGCGAAAAUGAACCAGUCGAUACAGAACGCUAUCUGGCUCCUAAAUCCUCUACAUCAUCAUCCCCUCAGUUCCAAAGUCAAGCCCCGUCUCCAUUUUCGUCGACAGCCCUUCUUCGUGUCAUCUACUUCUUCUUCUUCCAUGUCGUCUAAAAGAGCUUUAUUCUGCACCUGCACCAGCUCAAGCGCUGACAAUAAUGGUCUCCACGAUGGCGGGCCCUUUGUCAUAACAACUCCGCUUUAUUAUGUGAAUGCCCCUCCCCAUAUGGGCAGUGCUUACACCACUAUCGCUGCCGAUGCCAUUGCCCGCUUUCAGAGACUGUUGGGAAAGAAGGUCGUAUUCAUCACUGGCACGGAUGAGCACGGAGAGAAAAUUGCUACAGCUGCGGCUGCCCAGGGUUCCAACCCAAGUGAGCAUUGCAAUGUCAUUUCACAAGCUUAUAAGACUCUCUGGAAAGAUUUAGAAAUAGCUUAUGAUAAGUUCAUUCGGACAACUAAUCCCAAGCAUGAAGCAAUCGUGAAGGAAUUUUACUCGAGGGUUCUUGCCAAUGGUGAUAUAUACCGGGCUAACUACGAGGGACUAUAUUGCGUCAACUGUGAGGAAUACAAGGAUGAGAAAGAAUUGCUGGAUAAUAACUGUUGCCCUAUGCACCUUAAGCCAUGUGUUAUGCGGAAAGAGGAUAACUACUUCUUUGCCCUAUCAAAAUAUCAAAAAUUAUUGGAAGCAACUUUGACGGAAAAUCCAAAUUUUGUGCAGCCUUCGUUCCGUUUAAAUGAGGUGCAAAGCUGGAUCAAAAGUGGGCUGAGGGACUUUUCCAUUUCCCGAACAUCAGUGGAUUGGGGCAUCCCAGUUCCUAAUGACAAUAGGCAAACUAUAUAUGUGUGGUUUGAUGCUUUAUUGGGUUAUGUAUCAGCACUAGCAGAAGACGAGGAGCAAUCUAAUUUGGAAAGUGCCAUUUCUUCAGGUUGGCCUGUCUCACUGCACUUGAUUGGGAAGGAUAUUUUGCGAUUCCACGCAGUUUACUGGCCAGCCAUGCUAAUGUCUGCUGGACUUAGCCUUCCAAAGAUGGUGUUUGGCCAUGGAUUUUUGACAAAGGAUGGCAUGAAGAUGGGGAAGUCGCUAGGAAAUACCCUUGAACCAAAUGAUCUGGUUCGUAAAUUUGGGCCCGAUGCUGUCAGGUACUUCUUCCUUAGGGAGGUGGAAUUUGGUAACGAUGGGGACUAUUCUGAAGAUCGUUUCAUCAAUAUUGUCAAUGCACAUCUUGCCAAUACAGUUGGAAAUCUUCUUAACCGUACUCUCGGACUUCUAAAAAAGAACUGCCAAUCUACUUUGGUGGCUGAUUCAACGAUUGCAGCUGAAGGAAAUGUAUUCCGGGACACUGUAGAGAAGUUGGUUGAAAAAGCCCGGGUUCAUUAUGAAGGGCUUUCAUUAUCAUCAGCUUGUGAGGCUAUUUUAGAGAUUGGCAAUGCUGGUAAUUCCUACAUGGAUGAACGAGCACCCUGGUCUCUCUUUAAGCAAGGGGGUGAUGCUUCUGAAGCAGCUGCAAAGGACCUUGUGAUUAUAUUGGAAGCAUUGAGGAUUAUAGCAAUUGCAUUGUCCCCGGUUACACCAAGCUUAUGCUGGAGAAUAUAUGGACAGCUUGGCUUCUCAAAGGACGAGUUUGACUCUGCAACAUGGAUUGAGACCAAGUGGGGUGGGCUAAAAGGUGGUCAGGUCAUGGCUCAACCAAAACCAGUCUUUGCAAGGAUUGAAAACCGAAUGGAAGACGAAGAUGGGGGUGAAGCAGCAAAAAAGGAAGUGAAAAACAAGGACAAAGUACCUCAGACCCAAGGUGUUGCGGAGGCGUAGGGAAGAGAAUACACAUCUAUCUUGUCCUUACCGCAAAUUUCUGUUUUUUAUUUUAUUUUUCCAGAUUUUGUUGUCAAUUGUAAGAUUUAAAUUACCUAUUUUUAGCAAUGAUUUCGAGACCGAUUGCUCUUGAAAUCUCCAAUAAAUUGCUUCUAUAUAAUAUA